AUGAUGAGUGCUAUAGAUAAAUGUGAUCAUAUAGCGGAGCAAUUAUACGUCAUGUAUUUGGUGCCUCGCGUAAUUGAGCUAUUGAAAAUUGGAGCAACUUUGAAAAUCCGCCGCAAUACCACUCAUAUUUUGGGUUCAGUCUUAUCACUUUGCUCAAUUUACACUGGGACUAUCGCCAGUUCUGGAGUUGUGCCUAUCCUGAUCAACUGGUUAUGUGAUCCCGACCGUGAACUGCGUGAGUCGGCAUUGUUUGCUCUGGGAAAUCUGGCUGCCGAGAAUUGUAACUGCAGAGAUCUGUGUAUUAAACAUGGCAUGCCUCAGAAAUUAGUGCUAAUAGCAAAUAAGUUAGUUUUUUUUUAUAAAAAUUUAAGCUUGACAUUGCCGGAAGCGCGUUGUGCUGUGUGGACUGCUUCAAAUUUAUGUCGCGGAAAAAACCCACCAGUGGACGUAAAUAAGAUUGCAGUUCUGCUGCCACUGCUAAAUGAAGCGAUUCAGAGCUCUGAUACGCAAAUAGUAACAGAUGCCGUUCGUGCAUUUGCUCGUCUGCUGGAUGCUCUGCCGGUGAAAUUAUAUAAAAAUAUUCUUACGGACGUUGUUGUUGAUCGCCUCGUGACUUAUUUAAACCAUCCGAAUAAGAACAUUUGGUCCUCCGCGUUACUCGCUAUUGGAAAUAUUGUUUCCGGAGAUGACGACCAAACACAAAGUGUUCUGGAUCGCCCAGAUGCACUACCGAACCUACAUCGUAUUUUAUUGGAUGGUGAUCCGAAAACAAAACGUGAAGUGGCCUGGGCUUUGUCAAAUAUAGCUGCUGGCAAUAGUAAACAAAUACAAGCUAUUUUUGAUGCCGGAAUAGUCCCAAGCUUGAUGAAUAUACUUUCCAACGAAACAUUUCGAACUCGCACAGAA